AUAUGCGCUACUGCUCUGGUCACAUCCCCACCUCCCGACUGGCAGUGCUCCAAUCAGAAAUAGAGAAAAGUCGGGAGACACUUGGACUUGUUUAGGACAAAGUGUUUGUGGACAAAGCCAGAUACAGAACACGGACUAGGAACCUGCCACAGCUCGAGUGAGACGAAUUGAGAAUAAGCCAAAACAAUGACCGAAGUGCGACGAAGGAAGCAGGAGGAGGAGGCGCUCGAAGAAUCUGCUGGUAUCUCGGCAUCCGCAUCAGCAUCGGGCCCAACAGUAGCCAGUAAGCGCAACUCCUCCGCCGCCGAUUCUUCGGAUCAUGUGGACUCCGAGGAGGAGAAGAUUCCCGAGGAGAAGUUUGUCGAGGAGCUGGCCAAGAAUCUGCCGCAGGGAACCGACAAGACACCAGAGAUACUUGACGCAGCCCUAAAGGAUUUGCCCGAUCGAUGGAGGAACUGGGUCAUUCGCGGCAUUUUCACAUGGAUUAUGAUCUGCGGUUUCGCACUCAUCAUCUACGGCGGACCACUGGCCUUGAUGAUCACUACUCUGUUGGUGCAGGUUAAAUGCUUCCAGGAGAUCAUCUCUAUUGGCUACCAGGUGUAUCGGAUUCACGGAUUGCCCUGGUUCCGGAGUCUCUCUUGGUACUUUCUUCUCACCUCUAAUUACUUCUUCUAUGGAGAAAAUCUAGUAGACUACUUUGGGGUAGUUAUCAACCGAGUGGAGUACCUAAAGUUCCUGGUAACCUACCACCGUUUCUUGUCCUUCGCCCUGUACAUCAUUGGAUUUGUAUGGUUUGUACUCUCGCUCGUGAAGAAGUACUACAUCAAGCAGUUUAGCUUGUUCGCCUGGACACACGUAUCGCUGCUGAUUGUCGUCACCCAGAGCUACCUCAUCAUCCAGAAUAUAUUCGAGGGUCUCAUUUGGUUCAUCGUACCUGUCUCGAUGAUUGUGUGCAAUGAUGUCAUGGCGUAUGUGUUCGGCUUCUUCUUUGGGCGCACACCCCUCAUCAAGCUGAGCCCGAAGAAAACUUGGGAGGGCUUCAUAGGUGGCGGUUUCGCCACCGUCCUCUUUGGCAUUCUAUUUUCGUAUGUGCUGUGCAACUACCAGUACUUCAUUUGCCCCAUCCAGUAUUCAGAGGAAUUGGGUCGCAUGACCAUGUCCUGCGUACCCAGCUAUCUAUUCACACCCCAGGAGUACAAUCUCAAGCUGCUUGGCAUUGGCAAGACCUUAAACGUUUAUCCAUUCAUCUGGCAUUCAAUCUCCCUGAGCUUGUUCAGCUCGAUUAUUGGACCCUUUGGAGGUUUCUUUGCAUCCGGUUUCAAGAGGGCAUUCAAAAUCAAGGACUUUGGCGACAUGAUUCCUGGUCAUGGUGGCAUCAUGGAUCGUUUCGACUGCCAGUUCCUAAUGGCCACUUUCGUUAACGUCUACAUUUCGAGCUUCAUCAGAACUCCGUCGCCUGCGAAAUUGCUGACGCAAAUUUAUAACCUCAAGCCAGAUCAACAAUACCAAAUCUAUCAGUCGCUUAAGGACAAUCUGGGCGACAUGCUAAAUUAAGUUUAAAUCGGUUACCAGUUAGAUUCGGACAAGAUGUUUGCUUAAGUCGUACGUUCUACAUAUAAAUGCAAAAUUUAUAUAUAUACCAUUAUAUAUGUAACUAUAGGAUUGCGGGCAGCACUUUGGGCCGCCACAUAAAAUUAGUUAUAAUUACGGGCAUAAUUUUUGUUAUGUUAUUAGACCCUAGUUAGACUUUUGUUGUUAUUUUUUAAAUACUUUUCUAAGUCCCCUUUUUGAUUUUGCAUUAAGUUUACCAGAUUGUGUUGACAGUUCCAUGACUUAUUAAGUGAUUCCAUUAAUUUUAAUGCCGAGGUGGGAGGCGACACAUCAUCAUCGGAUGGCUAAGCAAACAGAAUAUGAAUUUAAAAUUGACUACGUGUGUGAGUGUUGUUAGUGAAUUUAACUACUAUUACUAUAACUUAUAGAUGAGAAUUUAGCAGAAGCAGUACCAGAAGUCGGAGAGAUUAGCAUAAUUAGAAUGCAUUUUAGUUUAUUAAUGGACGGAAAAGAACUUCUAUACAUUAUGCUUACGUUUCUAUAUAGUGCAAUACGUAGAAAGUAAACUAUUGAAAAAAACAAUUCUUUAUUUCUUAACGUUCCUUUGGUAAUACAUAUUUAUCAUCCUGAACUCGUCGCUAUCACAAAAAAAAAAAAAAAAGUAUAUAUAUAGAUGAAGUAAGAAUGGUUACUUAUAACCCUGUUAUUCAAGUAUAUGUAUGAGGCAUUUACGGUUUAAAUGCGAGUCUACGAUGUUUUAUGAAUAAGUGUGUACAAAGAUUUCAAUGAACAAACUUCAAAUUUCAAGUCUCUAUCGAUGUUACAAAAUAAAUGAAAAUGAAUGAAUGUAAACAAAAAA